UCGACAUAACUUCUUUUUUUAAUCAAAGAAAAUAUAUUUCAAAAUAUUUAGCAAGUAGUGUUUAGAUCAAGAUAUUUCGAUAAAUUAAAUUCAGUGUGUAAUUAUUUUGUCUUUGUAGAAUCUAUUUGUGUUUAAUAUAUAUAUUUUUUAAUACGUUUCAAAAAAUGAAGAGGUUAAGUGCACUGAAAUUUUAACGUUUAGUUAAUUUGACAUAUACAUAUUUAUCUAUUUCAUUCUCUUAUUGUUGUGAAUAAUAUAUUGUUUUUCCGUUGCUUUUAACAUUUUUUAAGUUAAUUUUAAAAGCAUUAUGUCGAUCAGUGUUGAUAUUAGGUUAAAAAGAGCCAGUAAAAUAUAUCAUGAAGGGGAAAGUGUUACAGGUUUAAUUUUGAUACAAACGAAUUCAGAUAUCAAACAUGAUGGUAUUUUUCUCACAAUGGAGGGUUGUGUUAAUUUGCAACUCAGUUCUAAAACUGUUGGCAUCUUCGAGGCAUUUUACAAUUCUGUUAAGCCAAUACAACUUGUGCAAUACACUUUGGAUGUUGCUCCAUCAGGAAAAAUUCCUAGUGGCAAAACAGAAAUACCUUUUGAUCUUCCCUUAAAGCCUCGUGGUAGUAAAACUCUUUAUGAAACAUAUCAUGGAGUAUUUGUGAAUAUUCAAUAUAUGAUUCGAUGUGAUAUUAAAAGAAGUUUUCUUGCCAAAGACGUGAAUAAAUCAGUAGAAUUUAUGGUUGAGGAUAAAUUAUGUCCUAAAUUGGUUAACGAGCAAAUAAAACCAGUGCCAUUUAAAAUUAUGCCAGAAUCACUUCAUAAUACAAGAGAAAGAACAAAUUUACCUCGAUUCUUUAUUUCUGGCAAAUUAAAUUCAUUGAGUUGUAAAUUAUCUGAACCUUUGACAGGAGAGGUAAAUAUUGAACAUUGUGAAGCUGUGAUAAAAUCCAUAGAAUUACAACUUGUAAGGGUAGAAACUUGUGGAUGUGCUGAAGGUUAUUCAAGGGAUGCUACCGAAAUACAAAAUAUUCAAAUUGGUGAAGGUAGUGUUUGUACUGGUCUUCCAAUACCGAUUUAUAUGAUAUUUCCACGUCUUUUUACAUGUCCGUCACUUACAACAAGUAAUUUUAAAGUUGAAUUUGAGGUAAAUCUUAUUAUCGUGUUCGAAGACGAUUAUUUGGUAACUGAAAACUUCCCAAUUAUUUUAACGAGAAACUAAAUGGUCAACAUUGAGGGAUAUUGGUAGUUAUAUAGAAUAAUUCUAAUUUAUCUAUUUUACAUAUUUUUCUAGGAUAAAUUUUGAAUCUGUCAUUCUAUAUUUUUCCCCUUUGAGAUUUUUCUUUUGGUCAGUUUUUUAGCAAUUGUUUAUAAAUAUUUUUUUUAAUAUUAAAAUAAUUUCGUUAGUUGUCUUCGAUUAUUUAAUUCAAUUGUCGAGUUUUCAAUUAAUUUUUUCUCCAAUUUACUAGUCUUCGAUUUAUUAUAUGUUUGAGAAAAUUAAUUAGUUUACUAAUAGUUAGGAAAGUGAUCGAGCGUAUUUAAAAAACGGUAAUAUUUAUUUAUAUUGUAAAUAGUCGUUAAGUACAAAAAUUUUGGUAAAAAUAAUUUUCCUAUUCGAAGCCUGCUCUUUGUAUAAAUAAUUUUAAAUAUUUUUCGACAUGUUUAUUAUGUGUUAAACCAACAGAAGCUAAUAAGACGACGUAACCAAGUA